GUAUUACUGAAAUCAAGAAUUGAAAAGCUUAAGGUGUUGAAAGUGAUCGUAGUGAAGUCUUUGAAGACCACUGUUGAGAUUUCUUCGCACGACAGUGAGCCCACUUAUCUAGCAAACUUCUUUUAAUCUAUUCUUGCAUGAUCUUGCCACUACAGAAAGAAGCCCCUCCUUCAAACACCGCCAAAUUACCAAUCAACAGGAGGAACGAUUCAGUGGGGUCAACGAUUUCCAUCCUUGGGUCCUUCCCACUCUUUUUCAUCUCUGGCUGUCUGAUUUUAGAAAGACCGUGUUAUGAAAUCUUCCAGCUAGCUCUUAAUAAGCUCAGAUUUGCAUCCAGAAUCAGCUCCCGAGCAUCAAUUUUGGAACUAUUUGGACCCUUUUGCGAUUGCUUUUUGAAGUGGGCUUUAGUAAAAAAUCCUUUCCAAUCGUGAUGCAGAGAUGGAAUCGGAGAAAAACCCAUUUACAUUUACUGGCUCUGCUUUUCCUUCUCUUCAUAGUUCUUACAAUUCUCCACAACGAACACAGCAUUCGGCAAAUCCAAGAAACCCCAGAUCCUGAAAGUCGCCGCCAGGAAGCUUCAAUUUCGUACGUGAAACCUAAUGUUUUAAGCCACCGAAAUGGAGUUCCCGUAGAAAUUUUGGAUAGAUUCAGUAAGUGCAAUGGGACGAAACAAUAUAGUGGUCGGAAAAUCUCUAGGGAUGGCCGGAAAUCGGAAUCAGGUCGUCGGAAAGUGAGGUCGGCGAGAUGUGAUGUGUUUUCUGGCAAAUGGGUUUUCGAUAACACUUCUUAUCCACUGUAUAACGAGUCGCAAUGUCCAUAUAUGUCGGACCAGUUGGCUUGCCAUAAGCAUGGCAGGUCUGAUGUGAGGUAUCAGUACUGGAGAUGGCAGCCCCAUGGCUGCAAUUUGAAGAGAUGGAACGUAACCAAAAUGUGGGAGAAGUUGAGAGGGAAACGUCUGAUGUUUGUUGGGGAUUCGCUGAAUCGAGGGCAAUGGAUUUCAAUGGUUUGUUUGCUCCAGUCUGUGAUUCCAGCUGAUAAGAAAUCUAUGUCGCCGAAUGCUCCUCUUACCAUUUUUAGAGCUGAGGAGUACAAUGCCACCAUAGAGUUCCUCUGGGCACCAUUGCUUGUGGAAUCCAAUUCGGAUGACCCGGUGAAUCACCGAUUAGAUGAACGAAUAAUACGUCCCGAUUCGGUUCUUAAGCAUUCAUCGGAGUGGGAGCAUGCUGAUAUACUAGUCUUCAAUACCUACUUGUGGUGGAGACAAGGCCCAGUUAAGCUAUUAUGGAGUGCUGAGGAAAACGGAGUUUGUGAAGAAUCAGAAGAACACAAUGCUAUGGAAUUGGUUAUGACGACAUGGGCAGACUGGGUGGCUUCAAGGGCCAUUCCCUUGAAGAAACAAGUUUUUUUCGUCACCAUGUCCCCAACGCAUCUGUGGAGCCGAGAGUGGGAAGUGGAAAGCGAUGGGAACUGCUACAACGAGAAAACACCGAUCGAACUAGAAAGCUACUGGGGAAGUGGGUCAGACCAGCCAACAAUGCGCAUUGUCGAGAAGAUCAUUGACAAGUUGAGUUCAGCGAUUACGGUUCUCAACAUCACUCAGCUGUCGGAGUAUCGAAAAGAUGGCCACCCGUCCAUCUACCGCAAGUUCUGGGAAGAGCUAAGCCCCCAGCAACUGUCAAACCCUGUAAGUUAUUCAGAUUGCAUACAUUGGUGCUUACCAGGUGUGCCUGAUGUUUGGAAUGAACUGCUCUUCCAUUUCUUGUGAAAGUUUUUUACCUUGUUUUAUAGAACUGGACCAACUGGUUUGAUAAUUUUAAUUUGUUUCAAUUUUGAUU